CCACCUCUGGCUUUCCGAGGCUUGAGACACAAAACCAAAAGCAAAAUUAGGAGUGUUCAAACAAUCAAACCCCAUUUUAGUAGGCGUGGCAUGGAUGAAACCACGUUGUUGCUUCGCUAGUCGAUACCCGAAACCCUUCAUUUGUUUUGUUUAGGGUUUAACACUUAGAAUAAUAAAAUUUGAAAGAAAAAUCAACUAUGUUUAGAAGAAAUUUACCCUCUCUUUUUCGGAUCUCAUCAUCAAAUCAAUUUUCCAGUGCUUCGAAGUCUGUUAAUGAAGAAAAAAGCAGAUCAUUAGGCCGAAAAGCGGUGUCGACUGCACUGCUUUGUCUUACUGGUGGUGUUGCUUUGAGUGCCAUUGAUGACCUUGCUAUCUACCAGGGAUGUAGCAGCAAGGCAAUGGACAAAGCCAGCAAAAACCAGGAAGUCAUAAAUGCGAUAGGUGAACCAGUAGUUAAAGGCCCUUGGUAUAGUGCUUCGCUUGCUGUGACUCACAAGAGAAAAUCUGUUUCCUGCACAUUCCCUGUUUCUGGACCUCAAGGCGAUGGGGUUCUUCGCUUGAAGGCUGUUCGCGAUGGAGAUGACUCCUGGUCAUCAUUCUUCCGUCCACGCAACUUCGACAUCUUAAUUUUGGAUGCAGUGCUCUACGUUCCAGGAAAUGAAGAAGCACAGAGAACCCUUAAGAUUAACAUCUCAGAUGACGUCCCCUCCCCUGCAUGUCAAGCUUGCACUAAGUGUCCAGAGACAAAAAGUCCAGGUAAAGAAUGACGACUUAGUGCAAUUUUCAUGAAUACGCUUAGGAAGAACUUCCUCCAUAGUUUGCAGCGGAAGUGAAUAAUAAAUUCAUAUAUUCUUUAUACAUACAUGAGAUAUUAUCGCGAUUUUCCUGGAGAGCGUGCAAUUUUGAGCAUACACUAGAGUACAUGUAUAACCUUGGUAUGUUCAUGUAUGAAUCUGAGGCUUAUAAAUGUUUUUUCUCUAGAAUCCAUUGAUGAAAUUUUUUGUAGAAACAAUGUAUGAAUUGAGGCUUACAAAUGCCUAUAAAGGCAUACAAAACGGACACUAUUAGAUCUUUUAGAUUUAACUUCAAGAAAUUUCUCUU